AUGUCUGCACCAGCAUCGCCAUUCCAGGUGCUAUCGGACGACAACCGUGGGCCACUAAUUACCCUGGUGUCGGUGUCCUUCCUGAUCGCCGCGAUUAUCUUUGUGGCCGCGAAAGUGGGAUCGGUCAUCUACUUUAAGCAGCAACAGGCUGCGGUCAACACUCCAAUAUGGGUUGCUCUGGUUCUAUCUAUAGUUGAAGUGGUGGUGAUGCAAAAGGCGGUCGAUCAUGGUGUGGGCAGACACGCAGACACGCUCACGACAGCGGCCAUUUCCACGGCGAACAAGUUUACAUACGUCGCUCAACUCCUCUCCAUAAUUGUCCUGGCCUUAUCAAAGUUGUCGACCACGCUCCUGGUCUGGAAGCUGACCCCCAAGCGGGCGAUUCGCACGGCGUGCAAGGUCACUAUCGGCCUCACAACGGCAUGGGCUGUGUUUGGUCUGUUCGCGAUUGCCUUUCAGUGUCAGAUGCCCGAGCCAUGGGUCUACACACCUGAGAAAUGUGUCGGAGAGGGUGUGCUGUUAUAUCCUGUCUAUGCACUCCACGUCAUCACCGAGGUCAUUGUCGUUGCGAUCCCAUUCUUCAUGAUGCGCCAUGUCCAGCUUGCAUGGAAGAAGAGGGUUAAGAUUCUCGCUUCUUUUUCUGCUCGUAUCUGGUGCGUACUGAUCCCACUGAUCUAUGUCUUCGAAUGGUCUAACAGGUUUGAUAGUGUCGUCGGCAUGGGAAUCGCCCAUCUAUCACUCCUUCCGCCAGCAUUACGCUCAUCAGAUACUGCCUGGGAUAUCGUCCACCCCGCGAUGAUCAACCAGGCCAUGAUGAGCACGACAGUCGCGAUUGCUUGUAUGCCGACACUAUACCACAUAUUCGCCGGUCUACACUCAGGCCUGAUCACCACGCGACUGCCAGACGAGGUGGAGCUCAGCCACCCGAAGAGCAGCGGGUACAUCAACCAAUCGACCAUCAUGGGCAGCAAGACCGGAGAGGUGGUGCGGGAGAAGAAACGGAACAGCUUUUACGCCGAUAUCUCUCGCUUCGGAAAUGUCGGGUCGUCCGUGGUGACGGAUAUCACGACUUCGCGGCACAAAACUGCCAUCUCCCGGAGGUCUAGUGGAAGCGAGAGCACGGGGAGCAGGAGACAUCUUACACAGGAGACUACGCAAGAUGGGGUCCUGAAGACGGUGAAUAUCAAGGUGGAGGUAGAACGAGAUUCUCACCCGUCGUGGCUGCAGUCACGAUGA